GCAUUAUGUGUGUGUCAGUGUGCCUCUGUGUUUUAACGGAAAAGAAUCCAAAAAAUCCGCAAAAAAUUACAAAGAAGUCUGUUCCAACCCCACAAACUUUCCAUUGUUAACCCAAAAAUCCGAAAUAAUCGAAACCCCUUAUUGAUUCGGACCACAACCUGGUGAUCAAAGAUCGGGCGAAAAAAAUAGCGUCCCAAUCAAAAACGGAUGAGCGCGUGCUGGGCCGAGUGUUGCCGAGUGCUCGCGUAGAAAAAGUUUUUGUCUCAAGCGAAAAAAAGAAAAGUUGCAAGUGGUGACUAAAUUUCUCUCGGUCCGUGCAUUCAAACCCCCAAAAACAUUAAUUUCCCCCCUUUAGGCCUUCAAUCACCGAGAAAAAAGGAAGAAUCCAGGGUUUUUCGUGGAUUUCGCGAUGUUGCGUUGAGGCGUUGGACCAUUUGUUUGACGAGAAAUCAACAAUUAUUAAAAUAUAUUGAUCCCGAUGUUGGUCGUAGAGUUGUGCAAAUGUAGUUUUCAUGCUUAUGAAGAGGAGAGAAUACCGGGAGGCAAGUCGUGGAUACCGAAGAAAGCUUCAAAUCCGUUUGAAGCUUUCGAGGUCGGAUUCAUGGAACUAUGAACCUGGACUCGUUAUCUUUUACUUUGUCACAAAUAAGUUAUUUGGUUGCUAAUUUGAAUAAGAAAAAUUAUCGUGGCAGUGCCGAGGAGAUAACAUUCUUGGUACGUUGGAAAGGUCUUGAGGCGAACAGACACUUGCUGCGCUGUUUGUUCUCUUACGUUGACUUUUCAACGGGCGAACCUCCUAGCACGAGCUCCAAGGAUUAUUACCAAGUGCACCUUCUCAGGCAGGAGUGCAACAAUCUGCUGGGGAAACCACUGCUCAUAUCUAACCUCACUUACGCUAUUGAUCAUCCGCUGCAUCAGCAGAAGACGCUCACACCAUCGCCAAAGUUUUUUCCCCACCUCCGCCGAGUGCUGAACCUCACUCUCGUCCAGGAAGUGGUGUUCGCCCUAACCCUCCGUCACUCGUCGUCCUCGGAGCUCCGUCAGCUCGCCCUCGAGGACCUCCGCAAGCAGCUCCCCGAGCUGAUAAAAAACUACACAAACUCGGAGAACCCAAGCAAGCAGCAGGAAGAGGGUCUCCACGACUCGUCCCCCGAGGUCCUCCACCUGAUCCUCUCCCAGACCCUCGACCCCAAGAGCUCCCUGAACCUCUCCCCCGACUCCCUCGAGAAAUUCCUGAAAAACUUACGUCGUGAUUUUCCCCGCGAGCUCGUCCCAGUGGUGCUUGCACCACUCAUCUACCCAAACGAGGGUGAAACCCCCCAGAUCCACAACAACUUCGUAAUGGCAGGUAGCCAGAUGGACAAUAGUUCCCUGGUAGAGCUGAUAAUGGAGUUGGGCUAUGGCUUCACAGCGAGUGUUGACGAGUGUCGAGGAGCCCUGGCGAACCUGGGGGCAAGAGAGAUCUCCCCAUUGGCAGCAGCAAGAGUGCUAGCGCACAUGGCACGCACCUGCACUGGUCUCGACGAUGCUGGAGGUCUGCAGGCCUUCUGGGGCAACACCCCAGGCAGCGCAGAGUCCAGCAAGGACAAGUCCUCAGACGGCAGCAGCCCCACCACCUGGAACAUCGAGGUCUUCAUCCAAACCCUGAAGGACAUCCAGUCGACCCUCUCGUGGAACGAAGUGAUCGUCAAGCUGGACCACGUUGAGUUCCACAUAAAAGAUCGACAGGGCCUCAAUCUCCUGAUCACAGGUCUUCGUCUUGGUCUGCAGCACCAGGGUUACCCCCUAGACAUGUUCCCAGUGGAGCUGUUCUACCGACACUGGGACAACGUGGAGGCGCAGUUCUCCCUGAUCCAGCAGAUCCUGAAGAAUCCAGACAUAUUCUGCUUCGCUGAUUACCCCUAUCACUCUGUGACUGUCGACGUUCUGAAGUCAGCACCAGAGGGGGACAGCAAGGAGGCGCAAACCUGGAGGUCCCUCAACGUCGUUGAACUCCUCCUGCACAUGGCUGAGAGGGGCCUCUACGGCCCUGUGCAGGAGAUCUUCAAAUGGCCAAUCCAGAAUUGUCCUGAUGUCCUCGUUCUCGCUCUACUGCAGAUCAAUCCACCCCUGACGAUUCUCAGGCAAGAGCUGCUGGGCACACUGAUGCCAAUCUUCCUGGGGAAUCACCCCAACUCAGCAGUCAUUCUCCAUCACGCCUGGCACGUCAACAACACCAAGAUCAAGACUAUAAUCAUGCACUCGAUGGCUGAGUGGUACUUCAGGGGGGAUCACGACCAGACGAGGUUGUCGAGGAUUCUGGAUGUGGCGCAGGACUUGAAAGCCUUGUCGACACUUCUCAAUGCCCAGACAUUUUCAUUCGUCAUCGAUCUCGCGUGUCUGGCGUCACGACGGGAAUACCUGAAGCUUGAGAAGUGGUUGACUGAUAAAAUCCGUGAUCAUGGCGAGUGUUUUGUGGCUGCGACUGUCAAGUUCCUGCAGAGGAGGUGCCCCCAGGUGAUGGGGGCUAGUAUGAAGGAGGACUCGAGCCUUCCAAAAGCCAGUCAACUGCCGCAGGAAACAUUGACAACGAUUUUAGUUUGCCUCCAGAGUUGUGCGGCGAACGUUUCCCCUGAGUGUUCAGAGGCCAUCAUGACGAUGGUCCAGAACUGCAGUCUGAUGCUGCAGAAAGGGGCUAUGAACAGGCCUCCACCGCCUGGUGUGGGAGUCCUUCGUCAUCCAGCACUGGACCCCUUCAACCCCACGAAGUUGACGAAUCCCUUGUUCUCGUCGAAACCGGUGGACACAAUUGGGAAUAUAAGCUCUAGUCUGGCGUCAAUGGGGAUAGCCCCCUCGUCGUCGUCGUUCAAUCUCCCUGGAGCUCUCGGGCCCCUCGUCUCAGCCCCAGGAUCACCUUCGAGACUGAUGGGGCCCUCUCCCAACCAAUUCCCAAUGCUUCCGAUCUCAUCUCAACUGCACUCAGGACCUGUGGGCACUCAGGGACCUGCUGUCCUCCCAGGGUCCUCCACCAUUGGUGCUCUAGCUCGUCUGGUGCCACCCUCGGGCAUCGAGAAGACCAGGGUCGCAGAGACUUCCAACCUAUUCCCUGACAUGGCGCAAAACGUGUCGAAGGAGAUUGAGGAUGAGGCCAACAGCUACUUCCAGAGGAUCUACAAUCAUCCGCCGCAUCCCACGUUGUCCAUCGACGAGGUCCUCGACAUGCUGAAGAAGUUCCAGGAUGCUGGGACUAAGAGGGAACGAGAGGUCUUCAACUGCAUGCUCAGGAAUCUCUUUGAGGAGUACAGGUUCUUCCCCCAGUACCCUGACAAAGAGCUCCACAUAACCGCCGAGUUAUUCGGUGGGAUAAUCGAGCGCGGGCUGGUGAACAGCUACAUGACCCUCGGCCUGGCGCUUCGCUUCGUCCUGGAUGCCCUGAGAAAGCCCGAGGGCAGUAAAAUGUAUUAUUUCGGCGUGGCUGCCCUGGACAGAUUCAAAGGCCGCCUCAAGGAGUACCAAACCUACUGCGAGCACGUUAGAGCAAUCCAGCACUUCACCGAGUUCCCAGAUCACCUGAUCGAGUACAUAGAGUACGGUCUCCAGGGCCAGGAGCCCCCGCACAGGCCGCAGGGUGCAGUGCUCCCCAAGAAUCUGGCUGCCAUCCUGGCCCCAGCCACAACCACCUACAAGACAAUUACAACGACAACAAUAACGACUAGCACCACUCAAGUUAAAUCCACAACAACAGCAACAACAUCGCUAUCAGCAAGACCAUCGAUAGCCAAUGCCACGAACAUAGACACUCUCCUCGUCGCCACUGACAAAGAGGAGAAGAUAACGUCCCCUCCUGAGACCCUCCAGGACAAAACAGCCUUCAUCUUCAAUAAUCUGAGUCAGUUGAAUCUCCAGCAAAAGUGCGAUGAGAUCAAGGAGAUCGUCACCGAGGAGUACUGGCCCUGGAUGGCGCAGUAUCUCGUGAUGAAGAGAGCAAGCAUAGAGUUGAACUUUCAUGCACUUUACUCCAACUUUCUCGACUGUCUGAAAGCCCCAGAGAUCAAUAAAAUGGUCACCAGGGAGACCUUCAGGAACAUCAAGGUUCUGCUGAGGAGUGACAAGGGCAUUGCCAACUUCUCCGAUCGUUCCCUCCUGAAGAACCUGGGCCACUGGCUGGGGAUGCUGACCCUAGGACGCAACAAACCAAUUCUCCAAAUUGACAUUGACCUCAAGAGCCUCCUGGUCGAAGCUUACCACAAGGGCCAGCAGGAGCUCCUCUACGUCGUUCCAUUUGUAGCCAAAGUCCUGGAGAGUUGCGCCAAAAGCCGAGUCUUUCGACCCCCCAAUCCCUGGACGAUGGCGAUAAUGAAUGUUCUAGCAGAGCUCCACCAAGAGCCCGAUCUCAAACUCAACUUGAAAUUCGAGAUCGAGGUUUUGUGCAAGAAUUUGAGUAUUGAUGUUGCUGAGUUGAAGCCAGCGGUGUACCUGAAGGAUCCGGAGAAGCUGAGGAACCUGGAGUACCAGUUGUCGCAGCCCAACAAGAAGGCAGAAGCUGCGUCGACUCAGCAGGCGCCCCAGACGGCCAUGGAGGAGCUCGCGGGGACAACAGCCCCAGGUACUAUUAUCCCUCAGCCCCCUCAGCCCGCCAACACCACCCCAUCGCUGCCCACAGGCCCCCCAGAGCCUCGAUUCAACUACAUGGACAUCAGUGUCACCAGCAUCUCCAACAUAGCCCAGCACAUAACGAUCAACAAUCAGCUGUCUCUCUUCCAGGCUCACCCUCACCUCAAGCAGUUCGUGAGGCCAGCGGUUGAACGGGCCAUUCAGGAGUGGAUUCACCCGGUGGUCGAUCGCUCCAUAAAGAUUGCCCUCACCACUAGCGAACAAAUUGUUCGCAAAGACUUUGCUCUUGACCCUGAAGAAGUCAGGAUGCGAUCCGCUGCGAGGCACAUGGUGAGGAACUUGACAGCUGGAAUGGCGAUGAUCACCUGCAGGGAUCAGAUACUGGCCUCCAUCAGCACGAAUCUGAAGAAUGCUUUCCUCGCUGCUAUGGUUGGAUCAACACCACAGCAGAAGGAGGUCGCAGAGCAAGCAGCCAAUGUCGUUGCAGCUGAUAAUAUGGAGUUGGCUUGUGCCUUCGUCCAGAAGACAGCCAUCGAGAAGGCCAUGCCUGAGAUGGAUAAGAGGUUGCUGAAUGAGAUGGAGCUGAGGAAGAUUGCCAGGCAGGAGGGGAGAAGGUACUUUGAUCCUCUGGCGAAGUAUCAGGCUGAGAGAAUGCCUGAGCAGAUCAGAUUGAAGACUGGGGGAGUGACUCCUCAGCAGAUGGCAGUCUACGAGGAGUUUGCGAGGAAUAUCCCAGGGUUUUUGCCACUAUCGGAGAGGGACACUCAAGCUCUAUUCAUCCCUAAACCGAUAGCAGAGCCAACUGUGCAGACUUCUUUUCCGACUAAUCCUGGGGUUGCCAUUGCCACUCCUCAGCAAGUGGCUGUUUAUGCAGCUGUCAAUAAUGACGAGAUUGGAUCGAUGCUCGAGAAACUCGCUGGGGAGGUCGAGAUGCUGAUUACUGCCAUGGGACCUACAGCACCACCUCCGCAGCAUGCAGCGCUGCACAGUCUUCUUGAGUCGAUUAUUCUGACGAGGAGGUCCAGGGACGCUGGGGCUGCGAUGGCCCUGCUCAAGAAGGCCGUUGAGGGACUUCUGGAUGGGCCCACUAUCUCCAGUGGCGUCAUCGAUGCUGAGAUCAUUCUGAGGUAUCGGGAGGUGCAUCUCAGGAUUCUCAAGUGUCUUCAGGAUCCUAGGGCUUAUGGCAUGCAGUGGACCAACAAACAUUCGACGAGGUGCUUGACUGAGUGCAGGGAUGAGUUCAGAUACAACUUCGAAGCUGUCGACUGCCUGAUAAGAUCCCACCUGGUGAGCUUCCCCCAAUUCGACAUUGCCCUCGCCCAAGCGAUGGACGCAGGCAACGCCAUGGCGACAGCCUUCGCAAUGCAGCUGGUGCAGCUGUACCUAAUCGACGAACGACAAACGACCCACGUAACCGAGUCCGACCUCUACAACACCAUCGAGAUCCUGGCGCGAAUGACCCAGCACCGAGCCCCUCCCGACGGUAUUUCCCUCUUCAGAUUAACCAAUCUGAUCGAGUCCCUUCGAGCGAACCAGGACCCCGGAGUGCUGGCCGAUCGUCCCCCAGCAGGGCCCACAGCCCACAUUCACUCUGGCAUUCACCAGGUGCGAGCCAGAGACUUCGACGAUCCCCCAGGUCUCAUGGAGAAGACCGAGUACCUCCUGAGGGAAUGGGUCCAGAUGCAUCACAGUCCAACUCACGCUCGUGACCCCACCAAAGCCUUCGGCAUCUUCGUCCACCAGAUGAACAUCCACGGAAUCCUGAAGACAGACGACCUCAUCACGAGAUUCUUCAAACUCAGCACGCAGAUGUGCGUGGACCUGUGUUAUCGAGCACUUGCUGAGACCAACGCAGCCCCAUCGGUGAUCAGAGCCAAGUGCUUCCACACUCUUGACGCCUUCGUCCGUCUCGUUGCUCUUCUCGUCAAGCACUCAGGGGACACCACCAACACCCACACGAAGAUAAACCUCCUGAACAAAGUACUGGGGAUCGUGGCUGGGGUUCUCCUUCAGGACCACGAGUUGAGGGGAACUGACUUCCAACAGCUUCCAUACCACAGAAUCUUUAUCAUGCUGUUUCUGGAGCUUUGUGCACCUGAGCCUGUCCUCGAGGCAGUCAAUUUCCAGGUGUUAACAGCCUACUGUCACACUCUCCACAUCUUGAGGCCUGCCAAGGCGCCAGGGUUCUGCUACGCCUGGCUGGAGCUGGUCUCCCACAGGGUCUUCAUCGGGAGAAUGCUGGCGAUAACCCCUCAGCAGAAGGGCUGGGGUCCCUACGCCCAGCUGCUCAUCGAUCUCUUCAAGUAUCUUGCCCCCUACCUGAGGAAUGCUGAGCUAGCUAAACCUGUGACUCUGCUUUACAAAGGGACUCUGAGAGUUCUUCUGGUGCUGCUGCACGAUUUUCCGGAGUUCCUCUGCGAUUAUCAUUAUGGAUUCUGCGAUGUUAUCCCUCCCAACUGCAUUCAGAUGAGGAACUUGAUACUCAGCGCUUUCCCCAGGAACAUGAGACUGCCUGAUCCAUUCACACCUAAUUUGAAGGUGGAUAUGCUGCAGGAGAUUGCUCAUGCGCCCAGGGUGCUGACGAAUUUUGCGUCUAUGAUUCAACCGCCGAGUUUUAAGAAGGAGUUGGACUCUUAUCUGAAGGCCAGGGCUCCUGUCACCUUUCUGUCUGAGUUGAGGAGCAAUUUGCAGGUGUCUCAGGAGCCUGGGAUGAGGUACAAUAUUCUGUUGAUGAAUGCUCUUGUGCUGUAUGUGGGGACUCAGGCCAUUGCCUUCAUCAGGAACAAGGGGCAUACACCCAACAUGUCGACCAUUGCGCAUUCUGCUCAUAUGGAUAUCUUCCAGAAUCUUGCGGUCGAUCUCGAUACUGAGGGGAGGUAUCUGUUUUUGAAUGCCAUUGCCAAUCAGCUGAGGUAUCCCAAUAGCCAUACGCAUUACUUCAGCUGCACGCUGCUGUAUCUUUUCGCCGAGGCCAAUACUGAGGCUAUUCAGGAGCAGAUCACCAGGGUUCUGCUGGAGAGGCUCAUUGUUAAUAGACCACAUCCUUGGGGACUGCUUAUUACCUUUAUUGAACUUAUUAAGAAUAGGAAUUAUAAGUUCUGGGAUCAUGAGUUCGUGCAUUGCGCACCGGAAAUUGAAAAACUAUUUGAAUCAGUGGCAAGAUCCUGCAUGGUGCAGAAACAAGUUCAGCCAACGCCAGAGCCAGAGAUGCCCGAGUGAUAAGACGUUUUGACAUUAGUUAUUUUCCACUUACACUUAACCAAUUAUUUUUCUUCAUGUACAGCAAAAAAUCGUACAUAAUUAAUCACAUGUAAAAAGAAUUAAUCAUUAGGUGUAUUAUACUUUCUGGGGUUUUGAGAUAUAUGUGAGAUAUAUUUUUUCCUCCUAUUAUGAUUUUUUUUUUCUGGUUCUAUUUCUAAGAAAUAAUGAAUCAUAAUACUACUGUUAGGUGAACACUAGGUGAUUAUAAUGAUAAUGAUUGAUUAGAUGAUUAAGGUAAUGAUACAAUUGAUAUGUUAAUAUUUUAAUAAAAAUGUCUCUGUAACUGUACAAAGGAGUCUGUAAAACUCGAAAGCAUGGGAUAAUAUUAAUGCAGAGUAGUCGUAGAAUCGUGUCCUUGGAGGGAUUGUCGAUGAAUGAAGUUUGCAAAUAACUGAGGGGCUUUUGUAUUGCAAGUAUAUUUGAGUACAAAAUAUCACAAAAUUCUAGUUGACAAUACUCAUCUCCACGAAGAUUAUUAAUUACAGCGAUGUAUAAAUAACAAAGACAAUGGUGUUCAAUAGAGUAUACAUUGAUAGUUAUAAAAUAUCAUUAUUUUUUUUCUUCUCUUACAUUAGUUUCUGGAGGAUAUUCCAUUACUGUAUUUACUGGCAAUAAACUGCACAAUUUACUAAAA